CCGAACCCGUGGUACAAGCAUGAAGGUACUCGUUGUGUUUCUGUCCGUGUCAGCGGUGGCACUAUGCAGCCUUGAGCCCAUCGGAUAUCGGCCACCAGGUUCAUCACGCUAUUUACCACCUCACCUUCAGUAUCAGCAAGAUCAACAUCAUCAUUAUCAUCAACAUCAACGUCAACAUCAAGCCCGCCCGAGCAAUCCGUCACAUUCACCAUCCUCUGAAUAUUUAAAUCCGAGUCUAGAUCGUCUAGCAACUCCUAACCUUUCUUCCCAGUACCUGCCGCCCCGUGCUCAUCAAUACAAUCAGCUGCAGCAUCAGUCACAGCAGCAGCAGUAUCAACAGAAACAAGGAGCGACCAUUCCAUCCAACAAUUAUCUACCUGCCAUCGACAAACAACGUAUCGCCUCGCCAGCACCACCUCCCACUGACUAUUCGUCACCAGUUUCAGUUCCUAGUAGACAACAACCUCUCAAUGAAUCAACAACGCUCUUGAAUAAUUAUUUACCACCUAGUGCCGCGACCGCUCCAACUCCAGCUAAUGAGUAUCUACCAGUAUUGUCGAGAGGACAAUCGGCGGUGACAGCCUCCUUGAAAAACAAUUAUCUACCUCCAUUAGCGAAUGGACAAUUGGCACCUAAUGCUGACUAUUUGUCACCAAAUGGAUUGGACGCAUCAUCUUUGCCACAACAUUAUUCUUAUCCUACGUCCGCCCCUACUUUCGAACAUAAGAAUCACGGGUUGAGUGGAUUCGAUCAACUUGCUGAUAAUUAUCUGCCUCCGAUUCAAACCGCACGUGACAGUUACGAUGCCUCACAAAUUGGAUACCGAUACAGUGGCUCGGUUUCAGCUGCUGCUACUGCUACUGCUGCUGCUGCUGCCUCUGCUGCCGCUGCCUCUGCUGCGCGUGUCGAACAAGCAACGGAAGCGGCGAAAUAUGACUUUGAGUACCGAGUGAGCGACGAGUUUGGCAAUGAUUAUGCGCACAAAGAAUCACGCUUAGGUAAUCAGAUCCAAGGAGUCUAUAGCGUUUUACUACCAGAUGGACGUAAACAAAUUGUGCAUUAUGAAGCCAACGAGAAUGGCUUCAAACCGAGGAUCUCGUACGAGGAAGUUGCCUCCGUUUUAAGCUCGAAGACUCCGGCGGUAGUUGUCGACGCCGGAUUUGCUGGUUACAACAAGAACGGCAAUGGUCUUGACCCCCAAGGACCAUACUAGUCUCCUUACAAGGAUCUAUCGACGCUACAGUGUCUCUUCGAAAAGCGGGGAUUCUUUAUUUUUUUCUUUCAUUAUUCUUUUUCUAAUGGAAAGUGCUUUUUUUCUUUAAAGCUGC